AUGCGUAUUCGCCUACAGCCUAGCAGGAGACCACAAGGUAAGAGACCCCCAGGUAAGCUGAAUGUUGCCUUGUUGUCUUUGCACGUUCACCAUCUUCAUUUCAGCAAUGAGCUAGCUCAACGCCUAGACAACCUUCCCAUCGAUGCCGCCGCCGACGACGCCGCCGCCGCUGCCGAGAACGCCUCCGUGGUGAGCCGCUGGUGUCAACUGCGAGACACGGUCCAGGCGACGGCGCUCGCCGUCCUCGGUCGCGCUCCCCGCCAACACCAGGACUGGUUCGACGACAACGACGCCGCCAUCAGCAAUCUGCUUGCUGAGAAGAACCGCCUACACAAAGCAUACGUAGAUCAUCCCACUGAGGAUAACAAAGCUGCCUUCUACCGCAGUUGUCGCCAACUUCAGCAACGACUGCGCGAGAUGCAGGACGCCUGGAUUGCUGGCAAAGCUGAGGAGAUCCAAGGCUACUCGGACCGCAACGAAUGGAAGAACUUCUUCUCCGCGAUCAAAGCCGUCUAUCGUCCGCCGACGAAGGGCACUGCUCCUCUCCUCAGCGCCGACGGCAGCACUCUCCUGACUGAGAAGACGCAAAUCCUACAGCGAUGGGCCGAGCAUUUCCGAGGCGUCCUCAACCGUCCUUCCGUCAUCUCCGACGCCGCCAUCGCCCGCUUGCCGCAAGUGGCGACCAACGUGGACCUCGACCUCCCGCCAUCUCUCCUGGAGACCAUCAGGGCCGUGCAGCAACUCUCCAGCGGGAAAGCACCCGGAUCGGACGCAAUCCCUGCUGAGGUCUACAAGCACGGAGGUCCCCAACUCAUGGAUCACCUGACUGCGCUCUUCCAGGAGAUGUGGCGUCAAGGUGAAGUCCCGCAAGAUUUCAAGGACGCAACUAUCGUGCACCUAUACAAGCGAAAAGGGAAUCGCCAAGUCAGCGACAACCACCGCGGCAUCUCCCUACUGAACAUCGCCGGGAAGAUCUUCGCGCGCAUCCUGCUCAACCGCCUCAAUAACCAUCUGGAACAGGGCCUUCUGCCGGAAAGCCAAUGCGGCUUCCGUCGUCAUCGUGGGACCACGGAUAUGAUCUUCGCCGCCCCUUAA